UAGAAAAUUAAAUAAAGAAGAAAUUCAUUCAUGCAAUAGAUGAUUUUAGAGAGUGUUUGACCCGCAUUUUGUGUGUUGGUCUCACCUUCUCUCUCCGCCACGACGGCGCAUCUAAUGUUCCUCCAAUCGAUUCUUCUCCUUCUUCUUCUUCUUUCACCUCUCUAACCAAGAUUGUUUCUCACUUUUUUUUCUUUUUUUUUCUCGUAUGUUCUUCUGAUAAUCUGAUACUACAAUUCUCUUACAGAUCAUUAGAAGAACAUACCCCCAAGAAAAAAAAAAGUCUAGUUUGUUUCCUUCUAUUAAAUGCUUUUAAUUAUUUUUUUCUUUAUCCAAAGCAUUAGAGAUUUGCUGUUGUUAUUCCCAUCAAACAUUAUUAGUUAUUCUAGAAAGGGAACCAUGACUUGUCCGAAUCUUGGCAGUUUCUCUCUGUUUCUUUCUUCCUCGUCCUCUUUGUCUUCCCAAUUUGUUUGGAUUGGCAGAAGACCAAUCUGGCUAUAAAUUCAUAAAUUCCAUAAGAUCUCUCUCACUCAAGCUCCAGUUUCUUGGCUUAUAACAUUUAAAAGAUCUUAUCUUUCUCAUAGAUCACACCCUUCUUGAUCUCAGCUCUCUCACUCACUCAAUUUUUUUCUAAAUCCAUUUCCCCUAGAAAAACAAUAACUCUCUUUUUUUUUAGAAUAAUAACUCUCAUUUUCCUGAGAAAGAAAUAAAGAAAACAAAUUCUAGGUAACCGGAGAGAGUCACAGAAAACGAGGUCGGAGAAUAUAACCAGUCACGGUCUUGUCUGCCUUUCCCUUCGGUUGGUUUGAGGGUUUCUUGAAUAUCUCAGAAAGAUUCGAACUUUUCUGGUCUUCUGUAGAGAUCUCUCAAUGGCAGGAAGUGGACUAAAGAAACGAAGAAGGAGAAGACUACACUUAAGCAAACUCUACACACUCACAUGCACUCAAGCAUUUUUCAAGCAAGACCACUCUCAGAUCGGAGGACCCGGUUACUCUCGUCUCGUCUUCAUCAACGAACCUGAUUCACCCGAAGCUGACACGAGCAGCUACAGUGACAACUACGUGAGAACCACCAAGUACACUCUCGCCACUUUCUUACCCAAAUCACUCUUCGAGCAGUUCAGAAGAGUAGCAAACUUCUACUUCUUGGUCACCGGCGUCUUGUCUUUCACUCCCCUUGCUCCUUACACUGCUGCUAGCGCCAUUUUCCCUCUCCUUUUCGUUAUUGGUGCUACUAUGGUUAAAGAAGGUGUUGAAGAUUGGCGCCGCAACAAGCAGGAUAUUGAGGUGAAUAAUAGGAAAGUUAAAGUGCAUAGAGGAGAUGGGAACUUUAAUUCCAAGGAGUGGAAGACUUUAAGCGUUGGAGAUAUAGUGAAGGUAGAGAAGAACCAGUUCUUCCCUGCAGAUCUUGUUCUGCUCUCAUCUAGCUACGAGGACGCUAUUUGCUACGUUGAGACGAUGAACCUAGACGGUGAGACCAAUCUCAAAGUCAAGCAAGGACUAGAAGUGACUUCUUCCUCGAGGGAAGACUUUAACUUCAAGGGCUUCGAGGCUUUUGUCAAAUGCGAGGACCCAAACGCCAACUUGUACUCCUUUGUUGGCACCAUGGAGCUCAAAGGCUCCAAGUACCCUCUCUCACCUCAGCAGCUUCUUCUCAGAGACUCAAAGCUCAGGAACACCGAGUUCAUCUUCGGAGCGGUUAUCUUCACCGGUCACGACACAAAGGUAAUACAGAACUCAACUGAUCCUCCUUCCAAGAGAAGCAUGAUCGAGAGAAAGAUGGAUAAGAUCAUCUACCUCAUGUUCUUCAUGGUGGUGUUGAUGUCAUUCAUUGGCUCUGUCAUCUUUGGAGUCACGACAAGAGAUGAUCUCAAGGAGGGAGGUGUGGUGAAGAGAUGGUACUUGAGACCAGACAGCUCUAGCAUCUUCUUUGACUCCAGAAGAGCUCCCGUGGCUGCCUUCUAUCACUUCCUGACCGCGGCUAUGUUAUACAGCUACUUCAUUCCGAUAUCUCUAUACGUCUCGAUAGAGAUUGUCAAAGUACUUCAGAGCAUAUUCAUCAACCAGGACAUCCACAUGUACUACGAGGAAGCCAACAAGCCAGCUCGUGCAAGAACCUCGAAUCUCAACGAGGAGCUCGGUCAGGUUGACACGGUUCUCUCCGACAAGACGGGGACGCUGACUUGCAACUCCAUGGAGUUCAUCAAGUGCUCUGUCGCCGGGACGGCUUACGGCCGCGGCGUCACUGAAGUUGAGAUGGCUAUGGGAAGGAGGAAAGGCUCUCCGUUGGUGUUACAGAGCAAUGAGGAGUGUUAUAGCAAAGAGGGGUUUGCUUUUGUUGAAGAACCACCAACGGUGAAGGGAUUCAACUUCAGAGAUGAAAGGGUAAUGAAUGGGAACUGGGUCACUGAGCCUCACGCUGACGUCAUUCAGAAGUUUUUUAGGUUGCUUGCCGUGUGCCAUACGGUGAUACCUGAAGUGGAUGAAGAGACUGAGAAGAUCUCUUAUGAAGCUGAGUCACCUGAUGAAGCGGCUUUUGUUAUUGCAGCAAGGGAGCUUGGGUUUGAGUUCUAUAACAGAACUCAAACUACUAUAUCUGUGAGAGAGCUUGAUCUUGUGUCUGGCAAACGAGUUGAGAGGUUGUACAAAGUCAUGAACGUUCUUGAGUUCAACAGCACAAGGAAAAGGAUGUCAGUGAUAGUGCAGGAUGGAGAUGGGAAACUUUUACUACUUUGUAAAGGAGCAGACAAUGUUAUGUUUGAGAGACUUUCCAAGAAUGGUAGAGAGUUUGAGGUGGAAACAAGGGACCAUGUGAACGAGUACGCAGAUGCAGGGCUGAGAACUUUGAUACUUGCAUACCGUGAACUCGGCGAGAAAGAAUACAAAGAUUUCAAUGAGAGGAUCAGUGAAGCCAAGAGCUCGGUUAGUGCUGAUAGAGAAUCAUUGAUAGAGGAAGUCACAGAGAGAGUUGAGAAAGACUUGAUCCUUCUUGGAGCUACUGCUGUUGAGGAUAAACUCCAAAAUGGAGUACCUGAUUGCAUUGACAAGCUUGCACAAGCAGGAAUCAAGAUUUGGGUUUUAACUGGUGAUAAAAUGGAGACUGCUAUCAAUAUUGGGUUCGCCAGUAGUUUGCUCAGACAAGACAUGAAACAGAUCAUAAUCAACUUAGAGACCCCUGAAAUCCACUCACUAGAGAAAACUGGAGAGAAAGAUGCCAUUGCAAAGGCAUCAAAAGAGAAUGUCUUAUUGCAGAUAAUCAACGGAAAGGGUCAGCUAAAGUAUGGUGGUGGGAACUCUGAUGCUUUUGCUUUGAUCAUUGAUGGGAAGUCACUUGCUUACGCCUUGGAUGAUGACAUAAAACACAUCUUCUUAGAGCUAGCCGUUGGCUGUGCUUCUGUCAUUUGCUGCCGUUCAUCACCAAAACAGAAAGCUCUAGUGACAAGGCUAGUAAAAUCCGGAACCGGUAAAACAACAUUAGCUAUUGGUGAUGGUGCAAAUGAUGUUGGGAUGCUUCAAGAAGCAGAUAUAGGUGUUGGCAUCAGCGGCGUGGAAGGCAUGCAGGCUGUAAUGUCAAGCGACAUUGCUAUUGCUCAGUUUAGAUAUCUGGAACGUUUGUUACUAGUCCAUGGACACUGGUGUUACAGGCGCAUCUCAACAAUGAUUUGCUACUUCUUCUACAAGAACAUUACAUUUGGUUUCACACUCUUCUUGUAUGAAGCCUACACAACAUUCUCAUCAACACCUGCUUACAACGACUGGUUCCUAUCUCUUUACAAUGUUUGCUUCUCCUCCCUUCCGGUCAUUGCUCUAGGCGUCUUCGACCAAGAUGUAUCUGCUCGGUACUGUCUCAAGUUUCCACUGUUGUACCAAGAAGGUGUGCAGAACGUUCUCUUCAGCUGGAGGAGGAUACUUGGCUGGAUGUUCAACGGAUUCUACAGCGCAUUAAUCAUCUUCUUCCUCUGCAAAAGCUCACUCCACUCUCAAGCUUUCAACCACCAAGGGAAAACCCCUGGGAAGGAGAUCUUAGGAGGGACAAUGUACACAUGCAUCGUCUGGGUUGUGAACUUGCAGAUGGCACUAGCCAUCAGCUACUUCACACUCAUCCAACACAUCGUCAUAUGGGGCUCCAUCCUCGUCUGGUACCUCUUCAUGACCGUGUACGGAGAGUUUCCAGCGAGUGUAUCAACCAGUGCGUAUAGAGUCUUUGUCGAAGCUCUGGCGCCAUCGCUCUCUUACUGGGUCAUCACUCUCUUUGUGGUUGUCUCAACUCUGCUGCCGUACUUCAUCUACUCUGCGGUUCAGAUGAGGUUCUUCCCAAUGUACCAUGGGAUGAUACAGUGGCUAAGGUAUGAGGGUCAGUGUAAUGACCCUGAGUACUGUGAUAUGGUGAGGCAGAGAUCAAUAAGGCCUACAACCGUUGGGUUCACCGCGAGAUUAGAAGCUAAAAAGAGAUCAGUGAGGAGAUCAGAGCCUGAGUCAUGAUGACAAUAUAACCAUUUCCAAAACUGACUUGCAAGGACGUUACGUACAUAUAAAUAGCUUCUUGCUUCAGACCUGGUGUUUGUACAUUCUGAUUCUUGCUGCCUUGCCUGAUUAACCAAAGUAGAUUCUUACAGUGAACUGUGAAGAUUACACACCAGUAGAGAGAUAGCC